AAGGGAAAUGGUGAGAGAAGUGAGUGAAGUGGGUCUGGAGUUGGCACGAAAUCUGAGUUUUCACUCUGAUUUGAUCAAGUUCAGAGUAUGUGCAACUGCAGCUUCGGUUUGCGCCAUGUGUUUGUAAACAUGUGGUCGAACCUGAAAGGAUAAUUCAGUCCGUCGGACAGACUGAGGCAGGGUCCUCCUGCUAACAACUCCAGAUCUUGUCACUUCUCCUCCUGAUGCUGAGAGGUUGAUAUCACGGAUCGUCGCUGCUCUCUGGCUUCCCGGUGAUGACGUGAGAUCAGCAAAUAUACAUAUAUAUAUAUAUAUAUUUCCAGAAAGUACAGCAGCGGGAAAACCAACAACUCAAGAUGUCCAUCACCAACACGCCUACCAGCAACGACGCCUGCCUGAGCAUCGUGCACAGCCUCAUGUGUCACAGGCAGGGUGGCGAGAGCGAGACCUUUGCCAAACGGGCCAUCGAGAGCCUGGUGAAAAAGCUGAAGGAGAAGAAAGACGAGCUCGACUCCCUGAUCACGGCUAUAACCACCAACGGGGCCCAUCCCAGCAAGUGUGUGACCAUUCAGAGGACACUUGAUGGGCGUCUGCAGGUGGCCGGCCGUAAAGGGUUCCCACAUGUCAUCUACGCGCGCCUGUGGCGAUGGCCCGACCUGCAUAAGAACGAGCUGAAGCACGUGAAAUACUGCCAGUUUGCCUUCGACCUCAAGUGUGACAGCGUGUGUGUCAACCCCUACCACUACGAGAGGGUGGUGUCUCCUGGCAUAGACUUAUCAGGACUGAGUCUGAACAAUUCUGCAACAAGCUCGACAAUGGUGGUGAAGGAUGAGUACGAUUUCGACGGACAGCAGAGUCUGCCCUCCAUUGAGGCGGGGCACUCCCUUCAGACCAUCCAGCACCCCCCAUCCAGCAGCCGCCCGCCCCUGUCCGAAUCAUUUGCACCCCCGGCCCUUCUCCCACCUCCCGAGGCUUCCACAUCUGCCUCAGCGUCAUCCUUCCCCGCUAUUAACCCUGGAUCAGGCAGUGCCAGCUCCAACUGGUCCCGAAACAACAACUUCACCCCCACCAUACCGCACCAUACCAACGGCCAUCUGCAGCACCACCCUCCCAUGCCUCAUGCGACACAUUACUGGCCGGUGCAUAAUGAGCUUGCCUUCCAGCCUCCUAUAUCCAAUCAUCCAGCUCCUGACUACUGGUGUUCCAUUGCCUACUUUGAGAUGGACGUUCAGGUUGGAGAGACCUUUAAAGUGCCCUCUUCCUGCCCCAUCGUGACGGUGGACGGCUACGUCGACCCUUCAGGUGGAGACAGGUUCUGUUUGGGUCAGCUCAGUAACGUACAUCGCACUGAAGCCAUCGAGAGAGCAAGGCUUCACAUCGGUAAAGGAGUCCAGCUGGAGUGUAAAGGUGAAGGAGACGUGUGGGUGCGAUGCCUCAGCGACCACGCGGUGUUCGUCCAGAGCUACUACCUGGACAGGGAGGCGGGACGAGCCCCCGGAGACGCUGUUCACAAAAUCUACCCCAGCGCUUAUAUCAAGGUGUUUGACCUUCGUCAGUGCCACAGGCAGAUGCAGCAGCAGGCGGCGACGGCUCAAGCGGCAGCAGCAGCUCAAGCGGCAGCUGUGGCAGGAAACAUACCGGGACCUGGAUCGGUUGGAGGGAUAGCUCCAGCUAUUAGUCUGUCGGCAGCAGCUGGCAUCGGAGUGGACGACCUCCGCAGGCUCUGUAUUCUCAGGAUGAGUUUUGUCAAAGGCUGGGGCCCCGACUACCCGCGUCAGAGCAUCAAGGAGACGCCCUGCUGGAUCGAGAUCCACCUGCACAGAGCCCUCCAGUUACUGGACGAGGUCCUGCACACUAUGCCUAUAGCAGACCCACAACCUCUGGACUGAGACGCACGAAGCGGCAUCGGCAUCGAGCCGAAACGCACAGUGGCAGCAGAGAGUCUUUCGCGUGACACUCUGCAAAUGAGCCAAAGCCAUAUAUUAAAGAUACGUUUGGCUAUAUUUUUGAUAGAUGGCUUUGAUUUGUGAUGACUGGAACGGCGGGCGGCGGGGCCGGAAUGAGACGCCACAGGUAACUAUCAACAACACGCACACAGACGACCUACAGAUCUCCUGAAACUGGAAUGUACACUCACACAACCACUCAUCAAACAACACAAGAGCAAGUGUGCGCUUCCCAGCAACUCGUGUGUGUGUGUGUGUGUGUGUCCGGGGGAUGCUGCUGGUUUUCCCACUGUGUCGGUUUAAGCACGUUCAGUCGACCGUCUGGCUGAGAGGAAGGGGAACAGCGGGGGUUCACGUUGGGGACAUCGAGCCGAUCGCUGCCUCCCGGGCACCAGACGUAGGGGAGAACGAAAUCACACGCACCAUGCCGAAAACCAACUCUCAUCCUCUGGACUGAAACAAGUCUAUGGACUUUUCUUGGUCAGGUAUUGUCAAACUACGGGUUUGGACUUUAAAAAAAUAAAAAUAAAAUAAUAGUUGCAGGUCUGUGCCUGGUGGGUGUCCGGUGACAAAUCUUCUCUGUUACACAAGACACCUUGGUUGACGUCAUAUCUACACUAACGCUGUGUAGGGUGGUGGUAACACAGCGUACAAAGUGAUACAUAUAUAUCUAAUCGCUUUUGUAUCAUUUCUUGUUACAACUUCCAUCGGACGCUCAAGCGAUCACUCUUCGCUCCGCCGCGGCCGCCUCCUCCUCAUCUCUUUCAGGUGUGCUUUUUUGGAAGACGCCCUCUUUUUAUGCUGCCGCAGGAUGAAUCUCAUACGGCUUCUGUCGACGACUAAUCGCCUUCUUCUCCCUCUUUUGCGCUCGGAGCCGAGGAAAGAAAAAGCACCUGGCUGCUUUUGGUUCAGUAAGGUCGAAGUAAGGAGGCGGAGCCGGGACUCGCAGUACAAAGAUCAGGGUUCAUCAGCGUUUUUUGGCAAACCAAAGUAGUAAUUGUUCAGAAAAAAACUGUAAUCAGGAAGAUUUUUUUAUCUCCAUUCAACUGCAUAUAGUUGAUAAUAAUUAUACUUAUGACUUGCAGCCCUCUCAUAUAUAUAUAUAUAUAUAUACAUAUAUAUAUAUGUAUAUGACUCAAUCCAGGUCCCUUGUUUAUAGUUUACUGACAAAUAUAACAGGAUAUCAAAGUUCACAUCAUAUAUUUUCUUGCUUUUAUUUUUGUAACGUUUGCAUUCAUAAAUUUGUAGCACUUUACUUUUUUCUUGACUAAAUCCAGUAGCCUUUAUUCUGAGGUGGUGGUCCUGCUUUACGGAGUAAAGGAGGGACCGGGUCGGUUUCGUAGUUCCUGAGAGAAGAGGCAACUUUGUGAUGCAUCUGUAUUGAAAAACACAUGUAACACUAAGACAAUCUGCUUUUGCCCUUUCACUCUGUAGACACAUUGACACACAUCGUAGGCUUUAUUUUGACUGGUCUUUGGAGUUGCAGUUUACUUUUUUUUUUUUUUUUUCCUUAAUCCAUGUAAAUAACUUUGUUUUUGAAGUGCAUGCCAGUGUUUGCAUGAAUUUUAAUGUCGGAGAGACGCCCCACUUUUUUUUUUUUUUUUUUUAAAAGCAGAGUACUUCACCUGUCCUGCGUUAUGCAGGGAAAUGAGCUGAAUGGAAACCAGCACCUGCUGUGUACCGGUGUUGUGUGUUGUUAGUUUAUGAGCUCGACAUUAAAGGCACAUAGAGGGAAGCUACGCAGUCAUAACUGAUGUAUAUUAAUUAUUUAACCUCCUCAACCUCUCGCUCAGACUCCUGGUGAUGUGUGUCUGAACAGCUACGGGGUUUAUUCGUAUCCUUUCUGUACACUUCUGUGUUCAGUGCAGAAAGUGAAAGAAUUGG